AUGCAGGCCGCCCAGGGUCUAAAAACCGCGUCCUUCUACUACCCGGGAGGCGCAGCCAACUACAGCGGCCAGGUGGUCAACCGUGUGCUUGUUACGGAGGCUGGCCACCCGGACGACAACGAGACAGAGUGGCGUCAGAACAUCGACAAGGUAAUGAGCUGGUUCUCCGAUGAAGACUUUGACCUGGUGACGCUGUACUACGGCGAGCCGGACAACGUGGGCCACGCCAAGGGGCCGGACCACCCGGACAGGAAGAAGAUCAUCCAGCAGAUUGACCGCACCAUCGGCUACCUGAGGGAGGCCAUCAAUCUCCAUAACCUGAACGACAGCCUGAAUGUCAUCAUCACCUCAGACCACGGCAUGACCACUGUCAAGAAGCGACCGCAGGUGGACGAGAUCAUCCUCAACAAAUACCUGAACUUGCUCAAGCUCACCAGCUUUGAGAUACUCGACUACGGCGGGUUUGGCAUCCUGACGCCGCGGCCGGGGAUGGAGCAGAAGGUGUUUGACGCUCUGUCCAAGGCGCCCAAUCUGACGGUCUACAAGAAAGACAAGCUUCCUGAGAGCUUCCACCUCGCCAAAAGUAAGCGGCUGCCUCCCAUCGUGGUUGUCGCAGAUCUGGGAUUCAACCUUAACUCUAGAUUCAUCGUCUACGUCAACAAAGGCGAUCACGGCUACCAUAGCGGAGAGAUGGACAUGAAGGCCAUCUUCAGGGCCUUCGGACCAGACUUUAAGCAGAACUUCGUGUCCGAGCCGUUCGACAGCAUCCACGUCUACCCUCUGAUGUGUAAACUGCUGCAGAUCGAACCGGCGCCGCACAACGGAUCACUGGCCGUGACGGAGAACCUGCUGCUGCACAGCAGUGGAUCCCAGAGAACUCGACUGUCCGUCGCUCUGCUGCUGUCCAUGCUGAUCUUCAUGUUCACUGUGCUGCUGUAACAGAUCCAGGAUCAGCUUCCACCUCCUCAUCUGAAACAUUAUGGAUUGUAAUAAUUUCUUAAUGUUUACCAUGUUGAUGUCGAAGACUUUCACAGCUUCCGUCAGUGUUGCUCAGGAAGCUUUUUCUUGGAUUUAUGUGUCAUAUUAUUAUUAUUAUUGAGUAUUUUAUGUUUAGUUUUUUCCCCCUAUAUAUUACAGCUGCACAGCGAAUACUUCAGUAAAAAUGUUUCACCUCUAAAACAUGUUUUUUUAUCAUGUCCAUGGAGAUGAGUGUCAGUUAGGGAAAGGAUCAUGGCCACAUAUGAAAACUUUAUAGAUUUUAAUGUCAGAAUUCUGACAUUUGAGUUUUUCCUCAGUGUUGACUUUAAAUUCAGAACUCAAAUACAUUUUUUUCUUCCACAUGUUCCACACAUAAUUCUUCUGUAGUCACUAGGUCUGCUAAGUUAAAUGUAAAUACAUUCAAAUUUGAUGUUAAAUAUUAUAUUUCCCAGUAUAUUUAUUUACUGCAGUGCUCAAGGUCCUCUUAUUAACCAGGUUGUGCAGUAUAAGUGACUUGGUCCUCAGUUUUCACCGUUUCAACAACCACAAAUCAGAUUAUUAUCGUU